UUGAGCUCGGAAAUGUUGAUGAAUUCGUGAAAAAAUCUCAACAAACACGAACAGCAGUUAGCGAACCCGAAAGAGAUUCUUUGUUGAUGUUUUAAUUAGAGGAAAAAGAUGACCUGGCUUAUCACUGCCGGUGCUGCCAUUGCUGUUGCUGGGGUAGCGUUUGUCAAUUCCGGCUUCUUUAAUCAACAGAUUGAGAAAGCCAGUUUGUCAUAUUUGUCUGGAAUACAGUUGAAAGCAUUGGAUGGAUCAGGGGGAAUGGUGAAGUCUUCCGAUUUAUGGCAAAAAAGAGGUGCUGUCAUAAUGGUUGUACGCCGACCAGGAUGUUCAUUGUGUAGAGAGGAGGCCGGAAAGCUAUCCUCUCUUAAGCCCAAACUGGAUAAGAAAGGUACUCCUUUGAUUGCCGUGGUUCAUCAAACUAUUGGUGUUGAAGAAUUCAAAGAGUUUUUUCAAGGGAAAAUAUAUUUAGAUGAAAAGAGAAAGUUUUAUGGGCCAUUUGAAAGAUGGGAAAAUAUCAUUGUUGGUCUUUUGCGUGUUCAAACUUGGACUAACGCGCUUCGUGCAUAUAAUGGUGGCUACAAAGGGAACAUGGAAGGCGAAGGUCGUUUGAUGGGUGGUCUCUUUGUUCUUGGUUCAGCCAACCAGGGUAUACUACUCGAAUACCGCGAAAAGGCCUGGGGUGACCACGCAGAUUUAAAGGAUGUGGUCAAGGCAGUUGAGAAGAUUCAAACUCUUGGCGAUUCUGAAUUAUAAAUCAUCAAUUUGGAUUGAUAGCAUGGAUGGUAAUUUUGUUUUGGUUUGUCAGUAAUGAAGGUUCAUGAUCAAUUUUUCACCGAGAAUGUCUCAUGUACUUGAUGAUGUCGUUUUGACUUUAGCUGAUUGAUUUAAUGCGAAACAAAAAGAAAAUUGCAAUUUUGUAUUUAGUAUUCAUUUCAAUACAAGAAAACUGUACGAGAA